ACCGCACAAAGUCUAGUCGAGCUGAAUCCAUCCACAUACGGUGUCACACGCAUACAUACGUCCAACGACGGUGUGAGAGCUAGGCCGGAUCAGCCACCAUGAGUGCCACUAGUACAGAGCAGCAAGAAUUGCUCCAGAAAACACAGAUCAAACUCCGGCCGAACCUGCAGAGCAAGCAAGAUGAGGGCUUCAAGCCGCAUCCCGAACUGCUCAUGGCCGCCCAGCGCGGUGAUUGGCAGAGGAUAGAGCGUCUCCUUAGCAGAAGAGGAGAUGCAGCGGCAGCGCCUCAGGCGCACGAUGACGUCGUCGUGCACAUCGAGGAAGCUGUCGCCGGCGCCGUCCAUGUGGAGAUGUCAUAUGCAAUGACCCCUGGCGAGGCGGUUACGAUGGCAGGGGACUCCGUUCUCCAUGUGGUAGCCUCGAGGGGAGACGGCGAGGAAUUCCUCAGAGCGCGACGGCGAUCCAUUGCAAGUCCAGCCACCUCCUCUUCUCCACCAACAAAAAAGGCGAUAUUGCACUCUGCCGCCCGGGCAGGACUGGGUAGAAUGGUCACUCAUCUCAUAGCUCUUGCAAGUGCUGUGAGUGACCACGUUGACGGCGAGAAGGCGAAGGAGUUCCUCAGGAUGCAAAACGAGCAGGGGGAGACGGCGCUGCACGAAGCGGUCCGUUUGGGCAGCAGGGACUUGGUUGACCGGCUCAUGGCGGUGGACCCAGAGCUAGCUCGCGUGCCCCCGGCCGAUGGCGCCUCGCCGUUGUAUUUGGCCGUCUCGCUGGGUCACUUCAGCAUUGCAUGGCAGCUGCACGAGAAAGACAAUGCCCUCUCCUACUCUGGACCGGACGGGCGAAGUGCGUUACAUGCGGCUGUUCUUAAGAGCGAAGGGAUGACCAAAAUGCUAUUGGAAUGGAACAGGGAUCUCAUCAAACAAGCAGAGCGACCCACUGGAAGUACCGCUCUCCACUUCGCCUCAUCCUGGGGGUUGCACGAGGCGAUCAGCUUGCUGCUAGCAGCCGACCCAUCCUUGGCGUAUCAGCCAGACAGCAAUGGAUCGUUUCCCAUACAUGUGGCCGCGUUCACGAAGCAAGUCAAGGCAGUCUCCGUCUUGCUCGACGGGCGCCAUGACUGCUCGGAGCUGCGUGAUGCCAACGGCCGGACCUUCCUCCAUGUCGCCGUUGUUGAAGAAAGCCAGCCGGUUGUUAGAUAUGCUUGCAGGUCGAAGCACCAGAAUUUUGGAUCCUUGUUCAUGAACAUGCAGGACAAUGAUGGCAAUACUGCGCUGCACCUCGCGGUGCAGGUCGGGAACCUAUGGAUCUUCAAUCUUCUGAUGGAAAAUCGGUUGGUCAAGCUCGAUCUGACAAACAACAAGGGGCAAACACCGCGUGAUCUUUCAUCGACCCUGAUGCCCCUAGGGAUUCAAUACGCAUUAAAUGGAAGAGUUAUGAUAGAUGAGUUGCUACGAGAUGCCGGUGCUGUGCAUGGUAUUUACAAAUUACUCCACCAAAGGGGGCUAAACGAAAAGGAAGCAGCACAGAAGAUCACCGAAGCCACGCAGACCGUCGGCAUCAGCUCUGUUCUGAUUACAACGGUGGCGUUCGCCGUGGCCUUUACCCUGCCCGGGGGCUACCGUGCCGAUGACCAUGAGAAUGGUGGCUCUCCGACGCUCGCUGGGCACUACGCCUUCGACGUGUUCAUCGUCGCCGACAUACUCGCCUUCGUCCUGUCAAGCCUAUCGAUCACAAGUCUGAUAUACGCGAGGAUCGUCGUAAUUGACAUAGCCUCCCGCAUGUUGUCGGUCGCUUACGCCGCGAUAUUCAUGGCCAGCGCUGAAAGGAGCCUAUGUGCUGCCUUCGCAGUUGGGAUAUACGUGGUGCUACCUCCUGUUGCGCGCACGAUGGCCAUCGCGUCUUGCGCGAUCACAGCUCUCGUGUUGCUCGAUACCGUCUGGUUCAUGGUGACAGUUUUCACCAGUGAGUUGAUGCUGGUGAAGAGGCUCGGCGGAGUUCGGGCAUGGUGGAGGCCGGCACAGGCGAUUCUAAUGAUAUUUUGGUCUCAAUUCUGGCCAUACAUUGCGAUCGCCGUCGUGUGUACUGGGAUCAAGAGAGUUCAUUGA